GGUGACUCAGAGUUUGUCUAUAAAUAAAAAUCUGAAAAGUGAAUAACAAACGGGAUUUUCCGGAGUGGAAGAAUGGAAAAAUAUUCGUGAAUGAGAUUUGUGGAAUGAAAUUGUUUGCGUGCCUGAGGAUUUGAUAAUUUAUGUUUUUUUGAGUGCAGGUGUGGGAAAACCCAAAAAAUGACGCUGGGAAUUCUCAAUCUGUCAAAAAUUUAGGUCAAGUUGUGGAAACACAGUCCCCCAAAAAUGCUGCCAGGAAUUGGAUUAUUCGGCACAGGAAGUGUAGUUCGUGUGAUAGUGCCCUUUCUCCGUGAGAAGGGGUUCAAGAUCGAGGCAGUAUGGGGCAGGACCCUGGCGGAGGCAGCAGAAGUCGCCAAAGACCUGGAGAUUCCCUUCCACACCAGCAGGAUCGACGACGUGCUCCUCAGAAAGGACGUCGACCUCAUCUUCAUCAUGUGCUCCCCCAGUCUGCAGGCGCAAAUUUCCGUCAAGGCCCUGGGGAUCGGCAAGCACGUGGUGUGUGAUAAACCAGCUGGGCUGAGCCAGAGUGAGGCUCUGAAGAUGGUCAGAGCUGCUCAGUACUAUCCCUCGUUGAUCAGCAUCGUCAAUCACAGUCUGAGGUUUCUCCCUGCGUUCGUCAGGAUGAAAAGCGCUCUCGAGGAUGGAUACCUGGGGGGCCCUGUUACCAUUGUUGACAUCAGGGUGCAGAUGGGGAGUUUAUUGCGAAAUGGAUAUGACUGGCUCUGCGAUGACACAAUGGGUGGCGGAAUCCUAGCCCUCGUGGGGAGUCACGUAAUAGACUUGAUCUUCCACCUGAUCAAUCAGAAAGCCUCGAGAGUCCACGCAGUGGUGAAAACCUUCACCCAGACGACGAAGAACAUCAACGGAAUUCGUCGAGUGACAUCUCCGGACUUCUGCUGCUUCCAGAUGGAGUUGACAGGAGGUGCCUUGGUGACAGCAACCCUCAGCAAUCAUCUCCAGGGGCAAUUGACUCAAGAGGUCUUGAUCUGUGGGACUAGUGGACACCUGGUGGUGAGAGGAGGGGAUCUCCAUGGAUGCAGGAAUGGUCAGGAGGAGGUGCUCUACAGAGACAUGGAGAAUCUCCAGGAGAAUUUUCCAGCUGUCAAGGACUCGAUACCCAGGCCCUACGUCAAAGGCUUGAAGAAGAUGAUUGGAGCCCUCAGAGAGGCCUUCCAGCCUGUGGAGGACAAGAGGGGAUGGAUCAAGGAGCCUGUCUCCCAAGCAGCGACCUUCGAAGACGGCCUCUACAUUCAGGCUGUCAUAGAUGCCCUGAGGCAGAGCAACAAACGCCGAGAGUGGACCAAAGUCAUCAUUUUAACCGAGGAACCCGACCCCAAUCCUCUCCUCAGUGCUGCUGUCAGGGCCACUGCUAUCUCAAUUUGAUCCCUCUAACUGCACUGAUCAUUAAUUUUUUUAUUCAACAGAAUGAACGAAAUGGACGUUGACAAAGUAACCUUGAGAAUUGUAGAGAUAAUUGGAAUAUUCGGAAGGUCUUUAUUAAUCAUUAUUUAUUUACGAAAACCUGUGAAAAAUGAGGUACUUAUCUCUUCACUUUAGAACGAACGAUUUUUAUAAUUUUUUCAUGUACAGAAAACAAAAUUAUUUCUCCUUUAAUAGGCAGUAUUAAUAUUAUUAACUUACGGAUUAAGUCGCACGGUUGUAUGUUUGAGACUAACAGAAGAUGAAAAGAAAAAAAUAUACUUUUGUACAUCGCCCAAAAAUCUUUUCCCUCUCAUUGAACUUGAAUUCUUGAUACUAAUUUUAUUCAAAUGAAAAAUCAAUGAAUAAUUUUUUUCUCGUAUUAUCUUCAACUGAAAUCGUCUGAAUCAUGUCAAUGCACAACUGACACAGCGAGUUAAAAACAAAUUACUCUUUAUUUAACUCCUAGGAUAUCCUAAAUACGUCACCGAAGGCUUAUCAUAUUUUUUAUAAUUCGUUUAAUCGCUUUAUUUUCCUCGAGAAAAAUUAAACCUUUGACCGCUUGCGUGCGAUCGCGUCCUCGACAGCUUUCAAUUGCUUAAGGAGCUCCUCUCGCCUUGAGCUCGCCUUCUUGGCAGCUUUGGCAGCUGCUGCAGCAACGCUUGCUUUGCUGUCUGAGAUGGGAGACGACUCCAGGGGCCGUUUCUUCCCGGCCAGGGUGGCACUGCGGUCUGCCUUCUUCACGGGGGUCGUGGAGACUUUCUGCUUCACCUGCUGCUUCGAGGUGGAGACUUUAGGGGGGUCCGAUGCCUUGGAAGAGUCCUUGCGGGAUGGAGACGCUGCUUUUCUCCUUCGUAAUUCCACGGACGAGCUUGAGGAGUAGCUGGACUCACUGGAGUCACUGCUACUUCCUGAGCUCUCUGAUCCACUACUACUGUGGGACGAUCUGUCAAAUGAAGAAAUUAUUAUAAUUGAUGUUUGAGAAUUAUGUUCUCAUUAUUAAUCAAUAAAAUUAAUUGUCCAUCAAUGAUAUUUAUUUCGUGCAGAAUGUCAUGAAAUGUGAGGAAAUUAUGCCUUCAUUCUACUAAAUUAGAAUCAAUUUCAUUCAGAAUUUAUUCUGUUUUUCA